GUCUGAAGGUGCUGCGGGAUGCCGUUCCUUCGCGCGUGAGGCUGCGGCGCUGACGGUGAGUGGGGGGCGCGUGUCGUAGCCGGCCAGGACCCUCUCCCAUCACGGACACCCGAGCCGCCCCACAGGCUCCUUCAAUUUCCGUGAUCCUCAGAGGCCCUAGGAGACCAGGUGAUGGCAGCAGCCAGGCUCUUGCCAGUGCCGGCAGGACCCCAGCCCCUGUCAUUCCAGGCCAAGUUGACCUUCGAGGAUGUGGCUGUGCUCCUCUCCCAGGAUGAAUGGGAUCGCCUGUGCCCUGCUCAGAGGGGCCUCUACAGAAAUGUGAUGAUGGAAACCUAUGGGAAUGUAGUCUCAUUGGGACUUCCAGGAUCCAAGCCUGACAUAAUCUCCCAGCUGGAGCGAGGGGAAGAUCCCUGGGUCCUGGACAGAAAGGGGGCUAAGAAGAGCCAGGGCCUGUGGAGUGACUACUCAGACAACCUCAAAUAUGACCACACUACAGCCUGUACACAACAAGACAGUUUAUCUUGUCCAUGGGAAUGUGAAACCAAGGGAGAGAGUCAAAAUACAGACUUGAGUCCGAAGCCAUUAAUUUCAGAGCAAACAGUGAUUCUGGGGAAAACACCCUUGGGGAGGAUUGAUCAAGAAAAUAAUGAAACAAAGCGAAGCUUCUGUCUGAGUCCAAACUCUGUUGACCACCAUGAAGUUCAGGUCUUAAGCCAAAGCAUGCCACUCACUCCGCACCAGGCAGUGCCUAGUGGAGAGAGGCCCUACAUGUGUGUUGAGUGUGGGAAGUGCUUUGGCCGGAGUUCCCACCUCCUUCAGCAUCAGCGUAUCCACACGGGAGAGAAGCCCUAUGUGUGCAGUGUAUGUGGGAAGGCCUUCAGCCAGAGCUCAGUCCUUAGUAAACACAGGAGAAUUCACACAGGUGAGAAGCCCUAUGAGUGUAAUGAGUGUGGAAAAGCCUUUAGAGUGAGCUCAGAUCUUGCUCAGCAUCACAAGAUACAUACAGGAGAGAAGCCUCACGAAUGUCUUGAGUGUCGGAAAGCCUUCACUCAACUCUCACAUCUCAUUCAGCACCAGCGGAUCCACACGGGAGAAAGGCCGUAUGUGUGUCCGUUGUGUGGGAAAGCCUUCAACCAUAGCACUGUUCUGCGGAGCCACCAGAGGGUACACACCGGGGAGAAGCCUCACAGGUGCAAUGAGUGUGGGAAAACCUUCAGUGUGAAGAGGACACUGCUGCAGCACCAGAGGAUCCACACCGGGGAGAAGCCCUACACGUGCAGCGAGUGUGGGAAGGCCUUCAGCGACCGCUCAGUCCUCAUUCAGCACCACAACGUGCACACCGGGGAGAAGCCCUAUGAGUGCAGUGAGUGUGGGAAGACUUUCAGCCACCGCUCCACACUGAUGAAUCACGAGCGGAUCCACACUGAGGAAAAGCCCUAUGCAUGCUAUGAAUGUGGGAAGGCCUUCGUUCAGCACUCACACCUGAUCCAGCACCAGAGAGUCCACACUGGGGAGAAGCCCUAUGUGUGUGGUGAAUGUGGGCACGCCUUCAGUGCACGCCGGUCUUUGAUCCAGCAUGAGAGAAUCCACACAGGUGAAAAGCCCUUCCAGUGCACAGAAUGUGGCAAAGCCUUCAGCCUGAAAGCAACUCUGAUUGUGCACCUGAGGACCCACACGGGCGAGAAGCCCUAUGAGUGCAAUAGCUGUGGGAAGGCCUUCAGCCAGUACUCAGUGCUCAUCCAGCACCAGCGGAUCCACACAGGUGAGAAGCCCUACGAGUGCGGGGAGUGUGGGCGUGCCUUCAACCAGCAUGGCCACCUAAUCCAGCACCAGAAAGUGCACAGAAAGUUGUGACCCAUGGCUGACACAAGAAUCCAUUCUCACAGAAACUGCAUGUGGAACCACAAGCAGCCUUCAGCCCAAGAGAAGUCUCUGUUAACUCUAUAGGAAGCCUUUCUUUGGCGAUUCAGUGUCACAAAAUAACUCCAGAAAGAAGCAUUUAGCAUGCUGUUUCUGUGGAAAAACUUCAGAGACUACCUGUUUUAUUUUCCUCAACAUCUUGAAGUUAUAUUGGAGAGUAAUCAUACAAUUGUAGAGAAUUUUGGUAAAAACAGCCAUAAUUCUUUCUUUGACAUUAGUUUAUUUGAACUAAGGGAAUUUAAGGCAUAAGAAUGAUUAUCCCAAUAAAAUCUUACAUUCCAAAUAAAGUUCUUUUUCUAAGAACAUUACAUGCCCUUCCUAAAUAUCAAUUAACCAUACUAAUUAUUGCACUUAAAAUUUGAAAGUUGGACUAUUUUCAGUAUUCUCUUAAAACACUAUUGUAUGGAUAAAGUGAUAUAAAAAGAUAUUUUCAUCAAGUAUCAUGUAAAAUGGAUGGAAAUCCUAAGUGUGGAAACACCUGUUUUGUAUGAAACAAGGAAAAAGUCUAAAGAUAUAUUAGUGAGAAAUUACAUAAAUUU